CGAUCUAUUGUUCAGCUCGAGAGACCGGCUCCGAAGGCCGACCUCGCUCGCUCGUGCGAUCCGUCGGAUUUUAUACUCCAUCGACGUUUACUGAACGCGUAGUCUUCGUCGUCAGUCGCGUCGUGUCUCGGCGAUUCUUCAAUUCGCGUGUUUUCUCGCCGAAUAUUCUCCUAUAUCGUUGGUUCCUGCUUGUUAACGUUCCACGAAUCUCUCCGCAGACAUGGUGGCCGGUGGCAAAAUGAUGAACGUGAGGGUGACGACGAUGGACGCGGAAUUGGAGUUCGCGAUCCAGGCGACGACCACCGGGAAGCAACUGUUCGACCAGGUCGUGAAAACGAUCGGGCUGCGCGAGGUGUGGUUCUUCGGUCUCCAGUACACCGACAAUAAGGGCGACCUCACCUGGAUCAAGCUCUACAAAAAGGUGAUGAAUCAGGAGGUGAAGAAAGAAACUCCACUGCAGUUCAAAUUCCGUGCAAAAUUCUAUCCCGAGGACGUCGCCGAAGAACUGAUACAAGAUAUUACGCUUCGACUUUUUUACCUUCAGGUGAAGAAUUCUAUCCUCACGGACGAAAUAUAUUGCCCACCGGAAACAUCCGUCCUGCUGGCCUCAUACGCCGUUCAAGCGAGACAUGGAGAUUAUCAGAAGGGCAAUCAUCCCACUGGCUUCCUGGCGAAUGAUCGACUGUUGCCACAGCGCGUCGUUGACCAACAUAAGAUGAGCAAAGAUGAAUGGGAUAGUUCUAUUACAAAUUGGUGGCAGGAACAUCGUGGCAUGUUGCGAGAAGACGCCAUGAUGGAGUAUCUGAAAAUUGCUCAGGACUUAGAGAUGUAUGGUGUGAAUUACUUUGAAAUUCGCAACAAGAAGGGCACAGACCUUUGGUUGGGUGUGGAUGCUUUAGGUUUGAACAUCUACGAGAAGGACGAUAAGCUUACGCCGAAAAUCGGCUUCCCGUGGUCUGAGAUACGGAAUAUCUCGUUCAACGAUAAGAAAUUUAUAAUCAAGCCAAUCGACAAGAAGGCGCCGGACUUUGUCUUUUUCGCUAGCAGAGUGAAGAUUAACAAAAGAAUUCUCGCACUAUGUAUGGGCAAUCACGAGCUCUACAUGCGCAGACGUAAACCGGAUACGAUCGACGUACAGCAGAUGAAGGCUCAAGCUAGAGACGAAAAGAUUGCAAAACAGCAACAGAGAGAAAAAUUGCAAUUGGAAAUAGCUGCCCGAGAACGUGCGGAGAAGAAACAGCAAGAAUACGAAGAAAGGCUAAGAAACAUGGCGGAAGAAAUGGAUAGGCGGCAAGCCGAAUUGAAUGAGGCUCAGGAAAUGAUUCGACGUUUGGAGGAACAACUGAAACAAUUACAGGCUGCCAAAGAAGAGUUAGAAAAUCGCCAGAAGGAAUUGACAGCCAUGAUGGAAAAAUUGGAACUCUCGCACGAAAUGGAGGCUGCAGAACGUGUUAAACUCGAACAGGAAAUAAGAGCUAAGCAAGAGGAGGUGCAACGCAUACAAUCAGAAGUGGAGGCUAAGGAUGCGGAAGCUAGAAGAUUACAAGCAGAAUUUGAAGCUGCCAAAUUGAGACAAGAAGAAGCUGACCGGCAAUAUCAGGCUAAUCAGACUCCGCAUCAUCAUCAUGUCGAGGAAAAUGAAGAAGGCGAGGAAGAGGGUGAGGAUGAAGUGCCUCAAGGAAACGUCACUAAGGAUCUUGCGACUGACGAAACUAUAAUCGAUCCUGUUGAGGAACGACGCACUUUAGCAGAAAGAAACGAACGUCUCCACGAUCAAUUGAAGGCAUUGAAACAAGAUCUCGCCCAGUCGCGCGACGAAACCAAGGAAACGGUGAUGGAUAAGAUUCACAGGGAAAACGUGCGCCAAGGUCGCGACAAAUACAAGACACUUCGCGAGAUUCGCAAGGGCAAUACCAAGCGUCGUGUUGAUCAGUUCGAGAACAUGUAA